AUGUGUGUAACUGAUGUCAGAUUUUUAUCCAUUUGCUGGCACCAGAUGAGCUACGAGGAGUGGCUGGUGGACGUGCGACGCGUCGAGGCCCUCCGUCAACAAUCCGCCGCCGCCGCCUCCGUGGCAGCCUCCUCUCGCCCCCCGCCUCAGGCGAACUCCCUCGAGAUCGUCCUGAGUCACCGCGGUCGGCGCCGGAGACAGCAGUGGCCCCGUCCUGCGCCUCAGAACGCCGUGGCAAAACCUCUGCGCGUGCAGAUGUUGAAGGUCCACCUCCGGCAGAAGAUGAUGCCGGCGAUCAUGGAGGUUCCAGCCCAGCAGAUGGAGUGGUCAGAUGACGAUGAUGACAUCACCGUUAUCGUCUGAGUCUGUGUAUUCAUCAUUCCCAGCGAGUGUGAACUGUGAAGUGUCAUCCAUGCCUGUGUAUCUCUGCGCAUGUGCCGCGAGUAAUUGUCUUCGAUGGCCCAAUGGUGCACGGAGUGCUAGUGUCACAGGCUGUGAUAUUCUGUGCCAUGUGUCAACCAUGGCACCAGUGCGAUGAUACAUAGUUGUGGAAAUGUGAUAACGGGUUGGUUGCAAUCAUCAGGGUUUUCACUCAGCAGUGUUUUAUUUGCUUACAAUACAUGAAUGUGA